AUGAGCGAGGCCGACGCGACCACCCAGCCCACCGAGGCAGUCCAGGCCCCCGAGGCCGUCGAGGUCGUCGAGGACAAGGCCCAGCAGGAGGAGAAGGCUCAGACAGCCGAGGACGCAGCCGAGCCCGCCAAGGAUGAGCCCGCCAGCGAGGAGCCUGCUGGCGAGACGCCCGCCGCCACCACUGGCAAGAAUAUCAUCAAGACGACGGCCAAGAUCGACCAGGAAAACCCCCGCAACAACGUCAAGUUCGACGCCAGCACCCGCAAGGAUGUCGAUGACCCCGCGGCCAUCCGCAAGCAGGUCGAGUUCUACUUUGGAGACUGGAACUUCCCGCAGGAUAAGUUCAUGUGGGAGUCGUGUGAGGGAACGGCCAACAAGCCGAUGCCCAUCUCCAAGAUUCACUCGUUCAAGCGCAUGCGCGUUUUCCAGCCCUACAGCGCCGUGGUCGCGGCGCUGCGCGAGAGCAAGUUCCUCGAGGUGUCGGGCGAGGAAGGCGAGGAGGUGAUCAAGCGCAAGGUGCCCUACAAGCCCAUGGCUGAGAGCCGCGCCAAGGCGGAGGCCGCUACCGUCUAUGUCAAGGGCUUCGGCGACGAGAACCCUGACACGCAGUUCGACCUCGAGAGCUUCUUCGCCCAGUACGGCGAGAUCAAGGGUCUGAAGCUGCGCCGCACGCCCGAGGGUCUGUUCAAGGGGUCCGUCUUUGUGACCUUCCCCGAUGAGGACGAGGCCAAGAAGUUUGUCGCGUUGGAGCCGGCGCCCAAGUACAAGGAGCACGACCUGAAGAUCAUGACCAAGAAGGACUACUGCGACGAGAAGAGCGAGAUGAUCCGCCAGGGCAAGCUGGAGCCCAGCUCUACCAGCUCCAAGAGGUUCUUCGAGGGCCGUGAUCCCAGCGCCAAGAAGGGCCACCGGGGCAAGGACAACGCCGGGCCGCGCGACCGGGACGACUGGAAGAAGCGUCGCGACCACGACCAGAAGCACGGCUUCCAAGGCGGGCGGGGCGGACGCGGUCGGGGCCGGGGUGGCAGGGGCCGGGGUGGGUUCGGCCGUGGCGGCCGCGACAACGGCGGCAGAGACCGCGAUCGCCGGGACGGCAAGGGCGAGGAGCGCCGAGGCGACUUCAAGGAUGCCAAGCCGCGCAUCCAGUCGACGAGCGAGGACGCGCCGGCGGCCAACGGCAAGCGGGCGCGCGACGACGAGGGGGGCGCCGCCGAGGGCGCACCGGCUGCCAAGAAGGUGGACAGCAAGGAGACGGCCGCGGCGCCGGCUUCGUGA